AUCCCACUCUGUCGGAGAAAGAAGAGAAACUAACCAGCCAGCCAACAGCUGCACACAAGAAUAUGAUUGGAACCAUAGAAAGGGGUAUUUAAAUGCGAGUCCUUUCAAUUUUAACAAAAUAAUUUCCACAUGCUUUCAGAUUGCAGUCGCACACACGCACCAACACACACACCUACAAACAUAUAUUUAUGCUCCUCUUGAAAAGAUACCAAAGUUGAACUUUUUCAAGAGCUGUAAACUGACUAAAAGAAAUUAAUUAAGCACGCAUUUUUGUGAAAGAUAAAUCACGUGGUAUAUCCCGCAUUAAAUAUACUAUACAUUUUAUGGGCCAUUAAUCAGCUUUUCUUUCUGCUCGGCUAAAAGUCUACGAUCACGAAGUAUUGAUCCCGAACAUAAUAUUGUGUACAGGUUACAAGGAAGCACAUUUAGAUUGAACUUUUUUAUUGACCUAAACGUGACUGCACAGAUUUUUCCACAGACAUUGUAAACCAGCGGUUCUCAACCUGUGGGUCGCGACCCAUUUGGGGGUCGCACGACCCUUUCCCAGGGGUCGCCUAAUACCAUUUGAAAACACAUAUGCUUUACAGUUAUGAAGUGGCAACGAAAACAAUUUUGUGACUGGGGGUCGUCACAACUUUACUAACUAUGUAAAAGGGUCGCGGCAUUGGUAAAGUUGAGAACCACAGUGGUAGACCGUGUCCAUAAAAUCUUGCUUCAACACAAUAACAUUUCACAACGGAAAUACCCCGUGUAAAUGUCUAGAAGUUCAGUGAAGCAAUAAGCACUGCGUCAACAAAGAUUUUGACACUUAAAGUAAAACGUAUGGGUAGUGGGGGUUACCGAAAAUUCGAUCGAAAGAAAUUUCGUCGACGGAAACUUGAUCGACGUAAAUUUGAUAGCACGGAAAUUUGGUCGAAUCAAUAUUUCAGUUCACAAGUUAAAGUUUUCGUCCAAUUUCUUUUUGAACGCACUAUACUAUAUAGCAAAACAAAAUAAGGCGUUCCAAAAGAAUUUUGAAGCAAAAUUUUAACGUGUGAACUGAAAAAAGAUUUGACCAAAUUUCCGUUUGAUCGAAGUUCCGUCGAUCAAUUUUCCGUCGACGAAAUUUCUUUCGAUCAAAUUUCCGAAUACGGGUUCUGUGUAUUUUAAGAUACUGGUUUCAAAUAGGAAAAAAAGAAUCUGCCAAGCAAAUUUUCUAGAUUUCAGUUAUGAAUGCAUUCAAGAAAUGUAAGUGAUAUUAAUAAAAAUGGCCGGUGUUGGGUUGACACGCACCCUAAGCAUAUUACACGGUAGGGCCCAAAGCACCCGAAGUAUAAGCCCUUAACUUGAUUCGGGAUGAACCAAAUUUAGCGGUUUUGAUUUUUUUUUUUUAAUAUUAUAUGUUAUCAAAAUAAUUAGACUAAAUGAAAAAAAAUUCAACUAGUUUUACUAGAUUUUGAGCUAAGGCGUUAGAAGAAAUUGCACAUGUCAGUUCGGAAAAAAAAAUGCGACUGAAAUAAAAAGUAACGAUUAUAUUGCAUAUUCGCAUUGCCACAAUCACAAAUUGAGUCCUCGGAAGCUCAAGUAUUCCUAGGGUUCAAUACACCUUAAACAGUCCCUUAGUGAUAUGAAUGUCUAUUAUAAACUGGAAAAAAUGUUAUCUGUUUCUGUUCUGAUGUGAACGGUCUCAUGCAGAAAUUAGGCUUCGAUAUCACUUCUCUCCUUCUACACUUGUACCAUUUCCUCGUCUCACAGUAUUUCCCAAAAUGGAUCUGUUUCAUCCAAUCAUUUCUGAUUUUAUAGGAUGAAAAUGUGUACGCAGCCUCAUUUGCAAAAAGCAACUUUUAGAGAAAUAAUCGUAAUUAUUGUAGACAAUAAUAUAAAGGCACAAACAAUUUUGAAACUGUAGAAUGGUAAACUAAUGGUAUUUCUACUUAAUACCUAACAUAGAUAUGUACAUUAAUUGUACAGUGCUAAAGUCGCUUUUAAGUUAUUCACCAUUAAUUAGGCGAGGCUUGUUUAUUAAAAAAAAUUAAUUCAGAUGAUUCAUAAACCAGUUCCAUUUAUUCAGACAGGGAAUUCCCCGGAGAACAUGUCUUCCUUGGAUUCGAUGUCAACAACACGCCAAAUGAACAUACCAACGGUGUUGACGUCACUCCUUCAAGCAUGAGAAUAAUACACUCAGGUUAGCCUUAAAGGUAGCUGAAGCACGACAGUGAUUAGACAAUCAGAUUUACAAGGCGGAAUAUUUAAUGCCUUUAUAUAGUUGACUACAUAAAAGAAAUGGAUUUUGUUUUAAAUAACAAAUAUUCGGAAUCUAAAAGCAUUUGUAAUGAAAAGAAGGCUAUUAUGUUAAACCAAAAUUUAUUUGGCAGCUCAAGUCAUAGAUUGUUGGGAUGAGGCUGGUGCUUUAAGAGAUUGUUGGGAUGAGGCUGGUGCUUUAAGUACUUAUUGGGAUGAGCCUGGUACUUUAAGAGAUUGUUGGGAUGAGGCUGGUGCUUUAAGUAAUUAUUGGGAUGAGGUUGGUGCUUUAAGAGAUUGUUGGGAUGAGGCUGGUGCUUUAAGUAAUUAUUGGGAUGAGGCUGGUGCUUUAAGAGAUUGUUGGGAUGAGGCUGGUGCUUUAAGUAAUUAUUGGGAUGAGACUGGUGCUUUAAGAGAUUGUUGGUAUGAGGCUGGUGCUUUAAGAGAUUGUUGGGAUGAGGCUGGUGCUUUAAGAGAUUGUUGGGAUGAGGCUGGUGCUUUAAGUAAUUAUUGGGAUGAGGCUGGUGCUUUAAGAGAUUGUUGGGAUGAGGCUGGUGCUUUGAGAGAUUGUUUGGAUGAGGCUGGUGCUUUAAGAGAUUGUUGGGAUGAGGCUGGUGCUUUAAGAGAUUGUUGGGAUGAGGCUGGUGCUUUAAGAGAUUGUUGGGAUGAGGCUGGUGCUUUAAGAGAUUUUUGGGAUGAGUCUGGUGCUUUAAGAGAUUGUUGGGAUGAGGCUGGUGCUUUAAGAGAUUGUUGGAAUGAGGCUGGUGCAUAAUGUGAAUGUUGGAAUAGGCUGGUGAAUUAAGUGAUUGUUGGGAUAGGGCUGGUGCAUUGUAAGUGCAUUGUGAUUCUGGUCAACAAUUUGGAAAUAAAGUGAAAUAUAAAAGGAAAUCUCAUAGUACCUUUACUUUAUGUAUGUUCUUAUGUUUUCUUCCCUAAAGAAGAGGCUUUAAAAUCAAAGUCCACCCUGGCUGGCAACCCUAGCUGAUACACCACCAGGGUUAGAUAUUAGAACUGGGCAGGCAAUGUAGCUUAUUCAAGUCCCCGGUGUGGAAUUAACGAGAAUUUAAGUUUGCCUGAUACUAAAUAUAAGUUCAUAAAAAAUUCAAUUAAAAAAAAUUAAACAUUACCAUCUAGGAUCUUGAUACCGUUUUGCCUGAAACAAUUAAGAAAAUAUAUCAUGAAAUAAAAAUGUUAACGCAAAGAAAUAUUUGCAUUACCGAACUCAUUUUGUUAUCUUAUUUUCAUUCAGAUUUUCAAUUCUAUCUAACAUAAUUAUCUCUUAACACAAAAAUAUAAAAAGGAGUUUGAUUUUAAAUAGUUUUUAAUAGUUUUUAUUUGUUUUUUAAGGUAUGUACUACUUGUAUAGUAGCAUAAAAUUCACCUUGAGAAAACAGUCUUCGGAACCAUCAAGUGUAGGUAUUUAUACUUUAAUGAGACGUUUCUUAAGAUAGUGUUUAAGUGUCACCAGUAAGUCCUAAUCGUUUUGAUUCGCCCAAAAAGACACUAAUGUGUAAAAGCCUAAGCAGGGGGAUAUAGUCUGUGUGUUGACCUAAUUUUGGUUCACCACGAGACUUGACAUGCAACCUUAUUUUUGUGUUUGACGUCACCAAUUAUUUCUUUCAAUCCUUUACCCUCAACACUCUUGAUUGGGGAAAUGUGUUUCCAAAAUGGUCUUUAUUAUACUACGUAAAGAGAGAAAUACCCUCUGACGAUUAAAUUUCCAUCCUUUCUCUACUGGAGGGUUCUGACUCCCUCAUUAAAAAUAAGACGGUCGACUGUGAACGGCAGACUUACCAUACUUGCAGGAGCCCAAUAAGACUUACACAAUUUUUAAAUCAGUGUUUAAAUUAAUAUUUGUACUUUUCUGGUAUUAUACUUUCCACUUGCUGUAAUUUAGUUAAUAUAGUUUACAUUUCUGUAUAUUUGGUUUUGGUAUGUUUAUUCUCAAUAAAUAUUAUAAUUAAAUUUAUUAUUGUUAAUUUCGCUAGCUUUGGUAUCUUUUUCUUUUUAUAUUGUUAGUUGGUUAUUUGCUAUGUCUUGUCUAUGUAAAGAGCCAAAUAGGAAAACAUAUAAAAUUUGAAAAACCUUAGAAUGGUACGUAACAAGAAUUUAACGAAGAAAAAACAACGUUUCACUUUGCUUCAGUGUAACACAGUGCAAUGUAAACAAUCAUUUUUCCACCACGCACAAUAAUUGCUUGGAACCACCUUUACAAUGCCGCCGUAGACUCGACAUCAAUCAAGAGCAUCAAGGCUGCCCUGGCAUCCGCUAGGAGCUGUUAGGAUAGAAGCAUCGCUUGUCCAACCGUCGCACAUAUGCCAGUACAUGGAUGCAGCAACGUACCGAACUUGAUCCAGAACCAGAAGGAGAAAAAAAUGUUGAAGUGACAUAUCUUGAGUUGAAUGUUGAAACGUAUACUGUCAAUUAUUUUGUAUCAAUUUGACCUCCUGAAUUCAUAAAUCUUUUGUCAAUUGACUACAUGCGUAUCAGCCAAAUACAGGGUUUAAACAUGUCAUUAUUUCUCGUAUAGUUCAGCACCUCAGUCCACCUGUGGCGUCCAGGAAGCCCUGCAGAUAAUGGAGAACUUUUGAAAUCAACACAUACUGGAGGAAGACAGAUCCAGGAGACUGUGUUUACUGGUAACGUUAAAUUGACACAAAAUAAAGGAAUUAUUCAUACGUUACAUUUAUAUCAAAGAAAUCUACAUCUCUUUAUUAGAAGACAAUGUCGCUAGUUUUUUUGCUGCAACAUCUUUGAGAGAUGAGUUUGUCCAAGUUUAAAAACACUAUAAAAAUCGAACAAAAAUUAAUACCUCAAACAUAAAAAUUAUUUUCACAAAUGUUAUUUUAUAAAUACAAUUGCCAUAAAAUCAAUAAAUGUAUUAUAUUUAAAUAAAUGUAUUAUAUUUAAAUAAAUAUCAUUUUAUAAAUACAAUUGCCAUAAAAUCAAUAAAUUUAUUAUAUUUCAAUAAAUAUCAUCUUAUAAAUACAAUUGCCAUAGAAUCAAUAAAAAUACAUUGUAUUUCACCAAAUAUCAUUUUAUAAAUACAAUUGCCAUAAAAUAAAUAAAAAUGCAUUAUAUUUCAAUAAAUAUCAUUUUAUAAAUACAAUUGCCAUAAAAUAAAUAAAAAUGCAUUAUAUUUCAAUAAAUUUCAUUUUAAAGAAUUGCCAUGCAAUCAAUAAAAUACAUUAUAUUUUACAAAUACGUUUGAAGGAAGCGUGUAAAUAUACUAAGUGCACUUUAUAGCAGACGAUAUCAAUACUUCUCAUAAUCCAAAUUGAUAGACUGAUAGUGUUUGGAAAGCUUUGUUUGUAUUGCAGUCUAUAAUGUAUUGGAAAAUGGCCGAUGCAGUGUAUUGACGUGCAGAAAAGAUUGUUUGUUGUUUUUCAUUUUUUUUUAAAUAAAUAGUUGUCCAAAGACAUUUUAUGAUACCUGGAAUUUAAAACAUGGAAUGAAUGUAAAUAAUGUCUUGAAAUGAUUGCCAUAACCCCCCCCCAAAAAAAAAAAAAAUAAAAAAAAAAAAAAAAAAGAAAAAAAAGCUACCUAAUUCGAUCUUACAUUUAUUAAUUAAAUAUUCUACCGAUAAUGAGGAGAGCUGAAAAGUGUGGAUUUUUUUUUCCACAAAAGUAACGAUAAAAGGAUUAACUUAAACAUCUUCAUAUUCGAUGCCAUGGUACGUGAAUGAUAAAGAGUUGUCUGUAUGUCAACAGAUGCUGAUUGACAGUUAGUAAAAACAGGAACAAAACGUCCACCAAAAACGUAAAAACGUAAUCUUUUAAACCAGGGGUCUCAAACUCGCGGCCUGCGGGCCAUUAGCGGCCCGCAAGACCAUAUUUUGCAGCCCGCCACAUGACAGCAAAGUUUAGUGUUAAUGCGGCCCGCGCGUUUUCCCUAUUCUAAUAUGUAUAGUGUAAUCCUUCGCGAUGGUUUCAGUCAAAUCUCACCGACUAAUUUGUUUUUUUAUGUUUGGAUAGGUUCGGGAGUUUUAAGGUCGGACUAAAAGGUUUUAUUUUAUUGCAUUUUAUGAGACAAACAUAGCAUAGCCAAAACGCAGUUUUGAGAAAAAUUAAAAAGUAAAUUAUUAAGUGCUCAACCAUAAUUGUGUCAAUUGUAGCAAUUAGACGGAGUAUCAAAGAAUUCCUACUAAAAUUGCCUGUCAGCUUGGUCACUUUCAAAACGGUUAGUCAAAAAGGUAUUUGCUACUAUAAAAAAUCUAAAUUCAUUCUCCCUGCAAUCUUCCUUUGCAUCAGCAAUUCAUAAAUAUUGCCUGCUCCUGACUACUGCUUGGAAACGUUUUAGCAUUUAAAGCCUUCAUGGAGAAGGAUGGCAUGGUUGUUCCUGUACUAAGUGAUCCCAAAUGGCUCACGGAUUUGGCUUUUCUUGUUGACAUUACACAUGAGCUGAAUGUACUCAAGAAGAAAUUACUAGACCAGGGGCAGCUUGUCAUUGUUGUCUUUGGCAAUGUCAAGGCAUUCUGCACAAAACUUGUGUUAUGUUUCGCAGAGAAACUUCUGCCAUUUCCCAACAAGCAAAGUACUCAUGGACUCGUGCAUACCAUUCAGCAGUAAGUGUAAUGAUGCUAUUGCAAAGCUACAGGAAGAAUUGAUUUUAGACUUCAAAAUACAAUUAGCCACUUUUGCUGACCCUUUUUCCUUUUAUGAGGAUGAUGUUUCUUGAGAACCCUUAAUGUUUGAUUUGUUAUUAAUAAGGGUUGAGCACAUUGUAACAGUUGUGCUUUAUUGAAUUUUUAAUCGCUUUUUUUGUGGAAUACUAACUUGAUGCGGCCCAGACGCACUCAGAUACUACCUCCUGCGGCCCGCGGAUGAUUUGAGCUUGAGACCCCUGUUUUAAACUGUAAUGGUUAUUCAAGUGUUUUACUACUACUUCUUUCAUUCAUUUAAAUGUUAUUUUUUUUAGAGUUUUUUAUUUUUUUUACAACUGUUACACGCGUAUGUGACUCUUAAAAAUUGCACUAAAAUAUUUCAAUGAAAAAAAUGUUAAAUUAAUUCACAUCUACAGGCCCCUAUUUUGUUUUAAACGCUUUAAUUUUGCAUUUAUUGCUCUAUAAAUUUUCAACAACAAAAAUAUUUUAAAAAUUUUUGUUUCCCUAUUGAUGCUUUUAUUGAGGAUAAUAGGAUUUCAAAUUGAUAUUAACAAACUGGGAUAACGGAGAUUAUUCGGAUUAUCCAACGUCAUAAAAAUCACUCCAGUGUAUGGCCACGUAGGUGAUAUUUCUUGUUUUUCUACAGGCGGUGUGUUCCACUUACAAGCCGGGGAUCUCCUACAGGUCUGUGUGUCUGGGAGAGACAUUGUCAACUUCAAGAGCGACAGCACAUACACAGGUCUAAUAUUGCUGGCCGAUCCGGUAGCGGCCACAAGUACUGUCAAAAAAUAACCAUGGGCCCCAAGCUGGAGGAGGUCCAGCUUGGGGGUCAUUUGCUUACUUCAUGUCUGUAUAUAUACAAAUAUAACAAACAAAAUUGUUGACCAUUUAUUUUCCUCACCACUUGUUCAUCGAGAUAAAAGUGUAUGAACGAGAAUAGAAAAUGAACAAAAAUGGAAAGUGAGACAGGAAGACUAAAUGUAAUAGAAGGAAGAAAGCUCGGAGUUUAGGAAUACAUUUUUUUUCAAAUAGAAAGAAAGAAAGAAAUAGAAUGACGGAAAAAUAGGACAUCCAUAAGAUUUGCUACACGAUGCUACACUUUGGUUACUUAAGCUAGAAAUUAGUAAGAAUUAGAUUAAGCGUUUGGAGAUGUAAUGUGAAUUAACAGAUAUUUUUAUGUGAGAAUGAAUUCAAAUAUAUUUUAUUGAUGCUGUGCCUAAUUGUGCAUUUCUCAAAUUGUGCAGUUCUUGAAUUGUGCAGUUCUGACUUGAAUAUAAUGACCAGUGUUAAGUAUUUGAAGCUCUAGAUUCAUUUUUGUCAAAAGCAUGGCAUGUGUGUAGUAUUUGACCCCUGUGCAAAGGCCCUAACAGAUGUGGUGUCAUAAAUUGACAUGUCCAAUGUGUUUGUGUAAGAAGAAAGAAAUGACUUGCUUAUUCAUAAUUUCUUUAAACUUUAAAAAAAAAAUAAUAAAAAAGAAGGACCUUGGCGAUAUCUCUAUGUUGAUUUUUGUUUAUGUUUUUAGCAGAUUUGGUGCGUAAUACCUGAAAAAUGAUUUUCUGUGUUUGUGUGUGUGUGUUGUAAAAAGAGCAGGGACCAUUGGAAUAAAAUUAUGAACUGCGUGAUAAUUUGUUGAAGUGCCAAUGAGGAAAAAUUAUAAGAGGCAGUGCUAUGUAGGACGUGUUCACAUCAUAUUUCCCCCGUGCUGAUUUCCCUAGCGGACGCUGCGUUCGUUUUGGGCGUGGCUUAUUUCUUUUGAUCUUGUUUAUCACAAACCUAGCUAUCGCUUGUUCGUGUUGACUCGAAGGCCAUAGAAGAUGAUAGUAAAUUGUGGAGUGUUCCAGUCACUUAUACAAUGCGCAAUACGCCUAGAAAAUUCCAUGAAACAGACGAUAGUCUAUAUAAGGCGAGUGGUUGAAUCACGGCAGAAUGCUGAGCAGAUACGCAGACAGCGUGUGAGGGUUAUUUUUGUAACGUGUGAUAGUUUGUUUACAGUAGACUUCUUUUCAUUAUUUGUCCAUUGUACAUUUCUGCACACUGUGUUUUAUUUCGACAUUGUACUGGUACCAGCCAUACAAUUUUCUGUAAGUCGAUGAUUUUUAACUAUAUUUCUUUUAUUUUGUAAUCCAU